AUGUCUACCGGAUUGAGUCUAGUGGAUUCGGGGAAUCGUCGACCUCAACGAUCUUGCGUCGGUCUUGGUGUGGAGCGCUUUGCUGACUCUUCACAUUCUACCGGGAUACAUCAAGCUCUCAGCACCGGUGAUCACAACACCGCUGCUCCCUACGCCGACCACCCCAACAACCCCGCUAAUGGUUCUCCACGAUUUGUCGAUGACGGUACUGCCUCGAGUCAGGAUGACGACGUCUCUGCGUUUCAGUCCAGUCAUCGUGAUGCGACCUCCUCUCCAUCCAGACGAGGUGAUGCGAUGAGUAUGCCUUCUCUGUGCGAGGACGGCAACCAUCAUAGGAGCUCUCCCUCUGACGAGUCCCGGUUCAUAUCUCCACCUCCGCCGGAUACUUGGGUGCCUCCUCCUGAUGCUAUGCGUGAGACCAUCCAUGCCAACGGCAGUGAUUUGCAUCUUCGUCAGCCACUGUCUCAGAGCAUCCCGCAUCGCUCAUAUGUGGAUGUCGGUGAGGUCGGUUCUGCCAGUGCCAAUCAUUCUGUUCAGACCCCAGCCGAGCACUUUGCGAAGCUGGCGUCGUUCUAUCCGCCGUUCGCCAUGNNNNGGCCUCUCCGUGUUGUUAUGAUCGACUAUAGUGGACCAUAUGAGAAUGGACAAGAUCCAUCCUACGAUCGCUACGCUGUCACUAUCGUUUGCGUCGCCACACGAUAUUGUCGAGGUGUCACUGUCCCUGAUAAGAGCUGUGCUACACUUCUCCUCAAGCUUGCGGCCCUCUUCGACUCUACUGAUUGGCCUUCCUUGAUAUUGGCUAGCGACUCGACGUUCCGAGGACACCAAUGGACCCAUUUCUGCGCCUCUAACAACGUUAUCUUUAAGGAGCUCCCUGCCAACGCACCUUUCCUGUUAGGAUCUGGUGAGCGGCCGCACAAGGAGGUGAAUGGUUAUAUGAGGGUUAUCCUAGGGAAACUCGGUUCGGGUACCUUGGCUUUAUCAUGGGUCCGUCAUUAUUUUCACGGGCUGAGAGCGUGGAAUCUACUCCCAUUGCCUGGCACCGACAUUGCUCCUCAUGAUCUGGUCUAUUUCACCCGAGGUCGUAUCCCAGCCUUAGACCCGAUCGAUGACUCAGCUGCUCACCAAGUCUACCAAGGACUGCCUUCAGUCACGUCUGCUGUAUCGUUGGACAUUCUGACUGAUAUCCAAAAUGUCAAGGUGUCACGCUGGCAACAGUAUCGUCAGGUCUGGCUGGACCUUCGUGAGCGGGUCCGAUCGACAAUGGCUACUAGAGUUCCACCUUUGAACCUCUCUCCGGGUGAUUGGGUCUACGUCUGGGGUCAUCCCAGAACUAAGCUGUCGUUCAGAUGGAAGGGUCCCUUCGAGGUGAUUUCGGCAUCUCCUGGGAGCACGAUCAUUACUGUCAUCGACGAUCGCGGUACAGAGCUUCUUUGUGCGCGGGACAACUGCAAGACUGCUCCCGCAACUGCCCAGAACAGCACGGCUCAUGGUCUCUCUACUGGUGAGGACUCUCCAUCCGUUCGUGGUCGUCCUAUUGAGGAAGACUCUCCAUCGGUUCGUGAUCUAUCCGCUGAUGAAGACUCUCCACCGGCUCGACGGCAUCACGCUGCUUCCUUCCCUGCUGUUGAAGACUCUCCGCCGAUACGCCGAGAACCUUCCUUCAGCGAAGACCCCAUGAUGGCCUUGCAGGAUGCUGUUGUGGACGUGGGUACCUCAGAUCAUGUGGGAGGAGCGACUGGUGACGUGGGUUCCGUUGCCAAUCCGACGACCUCGGCAACUUCUCGGCCUCGUUCGUCUGGCCUUGGAAGUCUCCACAUCGGUAUGGAUGUUGUCGCAUUCUACGUGCCCGUUAACGACACCUUGGGAGACAAACCUCAAGAUGCUGGUCGAUGGUAUUUUGGCCGAUUGCUCAGUUUAGAUGAGGAAAUACCCAUCAUCGUCAUCGCUCCCUACUGUCGAAGGUCCGAUGGUCUACCCGUGCGCAAUGGCGAAGAGUACUUGGCUAAUGAUUCCUAUCUCGACCACACUUCACCGACAGUAAUUGACCUACGCUCUUCUCUAACGGUGGUACGUCGGAUCACUAGGGCUACCCUGAGGAUGAUUGCAGCUGAAGGUGAUCAUGAUGAUUGA